GCAACCAAGUCGAAAACUAUGGCAACGACAGACGACGACUGGGUUACGUUACGUUAAUCUAUCAUUAAAGUUUUUUUUUAUUGUGGCUUCGUGUGCUGAAGCAUCUGGCCGCCGGUUCAAUGCACCCCAUGGUCUUACUUCAGUUUCUAUUUCUCCGUCAAUUUCAAAUUCAAAGCGACUGAAAACGUGUGCACGUCACUUUGCUAAUGAUUGCGAUUGGCAUAGUUUUCUUUCGAAUCACGUUAGUGUGUGCCUAGUGGUCAAAUCAGAGAUAAAAAAAUGUAUGGUAAUUGGAUCAAAAGUUCACACGAGUCUGCGGCUGUGUGAAGGCUUGUGAAAUUAAAGGAAGAUUGAACUUGGCGAGUCUCUCUGCGCCGUACGGGACCACUUUCACGAUGGAAUGCUAUGUCUUCAGGAAGCAGCCUUUGCUACAAAUGUAACCGGCCAGGGCAUUUCGCUCGCGAAUGUCACAAUCCCAAUGGUGGUGGUGGUGGUGGUGGCGGCGGCGGACGUGAUAUGCGCCGUGGUGGUGGCGGCGGCGGUGGAGGCGGUGGUAACCGCGAGAAAUGUUACAAAUGUAACAAAUUUGGACAUUUUGCACGUACGUGCAAUGAGGAGGCCGACAGGUGUUAUCGUUGCAAUGGCACUGGUCAUAUUGCUAGGACUUGCAGUCAACCGGCUGAUGAACCAAGUUGCUACAACUGCAACAAAAUUGGCCAUUUGGCACGCAACUGUCCUGAUCAAAAUACUGACAGUCGUAACGUAUCCUGUUAUAAUUGCAACAAAAGCGGACAUAUUUCUCGUAAUUGUCCAGACAGCGCAAAGUCAUGUUAUAUCUGUGGCAAAAUAGGCCAUAUAAGACGCGAAUGCGAGCAGAACGCUGUGCGAAACUAGGGAUGAGAGAUUUUCAUAACAGUAAUGGAAUCUCUCCACUAACUUGCUGAUAUAUAUUUUGAAAUGGACAACUCAUUUAUUUUGUUUUCUACAGAAAAAAAUAUGAAAAAAAGAGACAAAGGAAGAAUUGAUGAUAUGUUUUAAUUGCUUUUGAUUUACAUAUAAAUUAUAUUAUAAAUACAAGAGAAGUUGGACGCAGAGAAAACACCGACUUGCUGCCGGUGGCUGAGUUGGAAAGGAAGGAAAAGCAAAUGAAAGGUAGACAGAUCUGUAGGGACAGCGAAAUAUCUGGACAUUAGACAAAGCAACAUAAAAGGAAAAGAAUGAUGCCAUAAGUGGCGAAGUUUUUGUUUUUUUUACAUUAGAUUAUGACCAAAAUUUUGUUUGAUUAUUAUUAUAAAUAUUAAAACGAUGAUAAUGAUGAUACUUGGUGCAUUUUCCAUUGACUUGACAUCGACGAUCGACCAGGAAAACUAUGAUUACUACAAUAUCUAAAAGAUCUUAUGUUCUCGGCGGAAGACACAGGCAACCCGGAAACCUGAUUUUAAAAACAUUAGAGAGGGGCGGAAGCUUAGUAUUUUUACUUAAUAAUUUCUUUCUAAGUUACUUAAUUUAUCGAUGUCUGACGGAGAUAUUGGAGGAUUUAUAUGAUAUGUAGAGCAUACAAACAGACUUGUUUCAUUUUUUUUAAAUCUGUAAGAAAAUUUUACGAAAGAUAUUUCAAUAUAAUUGAAAUUGUUAAAACAUAUUUUUAUAAGCGUUGAACUUAACAAAAUGUGAUCCUUUCUAAAUAUUCCUACAUAAAACAUAUAAUAAAACAAAUACAUUGUGUACUGAUGAUUAUAUAUGAACAAAAAACAAAAUAAAAAUCUCAAUUCUGAA